CGGCACGCCAACGAUAUUUAAUUAUAUGAAUAUUAUUAUAAAUAAAAAAUAAUUAAAGAGGAGGCUAAAGACAGUUAUAAAAGGAGAAAUCCAUCAAGUCAUCAUCCUAACACUACAAAAAAAGAAACUCACAACCACAGCCUCUCCCUCUCUCUCUCUAUCUCAUUUUCCUCGGUUCUGAUCACUGAUCAGAGUGAUCACGUACGGUACCGUGAAGGAGAAGGAACAAAGAAAUAAAGAAAAAAAAAUGGGAAUCGUCCUUUUUGAAGAAACCUUAAGCUCUAACGCUAAAACCCAAAUUGUUAUUGAUGAUGAUAAUGAGUUGGGUUUGAUGGCCGUGAGACUUGCCAACGCUGCCGCUUUUCCAAUGGUUCUCAAAGCUGCCCUUGAGCUCGGUGUCUUCGACGCUCUUCACGCAGCCUCUGUGUUCCUCUCACCUUCCGAGAUAGCGAGUCGGCUACCAACCACACCUCGCAACCCUGGCGCGCCGGUUUUGUUAGACCGCAUGCUUCGUCUACUCGCUAGCUACUCCAUGGUCAAGUGCGGUACGGUCCAAGCCGGAAAGGGUGAGAGGGUCUACAAAGCCGAGCCGAUUUGCAGGUUUUUCUUCAAGGAUAACAUUCAAGAUAUUGGAUCUUUAGCUUCUCAAGUCAUUGUCAAUUUCGACAGUGUCUUCCUCAACACAUGGGCACAAUUGAAAGAUGUGGUGCUAGAAGGAGGAGACGCAUUUGGCCGUGCACAUGGUGGCAUGAAACUCUUCGACUAUAUGGGUACAGAUGAGAGAUUCAGCAAACUCUUUAACCAGACCGGAUUCACCAUCGCGGUCGUGAAGAAGGCUCUUGAAGUCUAUGAAGGCUUCAAAGAUGUGAAUGUGUUGGUUGAUGUUGGAGGAGGAGUUGGUAACACUCUUGGUGUUGUUACUUCUAAAUAUCCUAAUAUUAAGGGUAUCAAUUUUGAUCUGACAUGUGCCUUGGCACAAGCACCUUCUUACCCUGGGGUGGAACAUGUUGCUGGAGAUAUGUUCGUUGAUGUUCCAACCGGAGAUGCUAUGAUCUUGAAACGUAUACUUCAUGAUUGGACCGACGAAGACUGCGUAAAGAUUCUAAAGAAUUGUUGGAAAUCACUACCAAAGAACGGGAAAGUUGUUGUCAUAGAACUAGUCACUCCUGAUGAUGCUGAGAAUGGAGACAUCAAUGCAAACAUUGCCUUUGACAUGGACAUGUUAAUGUUCACCCAAUGUUCCGGUGGGAAAGAGAGGUCAAGAGCUGAGUUUGAAGCUUUGGCUGCAGCUUCUGGCUUCACCCAUUGCAAAUUUAUUUGCCAAGCUUAUCACUGCUGGAUUAUUGAAUUCUGUAAAGAAACUGUUUAGAAUAUAUAUUGCUAAAAUCCUGAAUGUUUAAUUUCAUCUUUGUUUCUAUUUUUUGUUUGAAAUGAGCAUAUAUGCACUCUUGAGCGAUAUGAAAUAAAAAUAAGUUUUUCAUUUACAUUUUCUCAUUGUAGUCUUUUAAGGACCAGCUUUAUUUAAUUAGUCACAUGAAAUUCACUGGUUUUCUCUUUCAAACUCACUAGUCACAAGAGCAUAUUCAUUACUCAACGGGAAACAACUAA